AUGUUGGGUGUGCCCAAGCUAGAAGGAGUAAGAGGUAGCCCUGCUGGAAACUAUGGAGAAGUGUUGGCGGCUGUGUCGGAGGUGCCGACAGUUGUGUCGGGUGUGCCCAAGCAAGGAGUAGGAGGUUGCACUGCUGGAAACUGUGGAGAAGUGUCGGUAACUGUGUCGGGUAUGCCCAAGCAAGAAGAAGGAGGAGGUAGCACUGCUGGAAACUAUGGAGAAGUGUCGGCGGCUGUGUCACGUGUGCCCAAGCAAGAAGAAGUAGGAGGUAGCACUGCUGGAAACUGUGGAGAAGUGUCGGCGGCUGUGUCACGUGUGCCCAAGCAAGAAGGAGUAGGAGGCAGCACUGCUGGAAGCUAUGGGGCAGUGCCGGCAGCUGUGUCGGAUGUCCCUAAGAGAGGAGGAGCAUGA